AUGGAGUCCACGCUUCGAAAAACUGUUAAUACAAUGACUGAUUUUAUUUUCCCUGUGUCCAAAGAUACACGCAAACACCAAUCAUUACGUUCUGAUCAUGACUACAUCAGCAGUUUGCCUUUCCAAAUGGCUCUUUAUUUUAAUGUCUUUUUUGCUCCAUUUUGGUUCAUCUGCUCAAUAGUUGUUCUUGUUGUUAAGUUUUCCUCUUUGAUCAUUUUGUACAAAAUCAUUCUUGUUGCUGCAUAUUCUAUGUUCUCAAUCAUUGAGAUCAUCCGACUCUACUUGGGCUAUGUUGGUAACCUCAUGGAAAGAGUACCUGAACUUGCUGGAUCCUGGCUGCUCACUCUUCUUGUGCAGUUUCCUCUCAUCAUGUUAUUGUUGUUCAAUGAACAACAAAAUAUUUAUCCUCUGGAACGAUCAGUCAAUCUCAUCAUGGCUAUAUUUGUGUGGUUCGAAGCGAUAUGUGGCUACUUUGCCAUCAGGACAAUGGUCAAUUAUCAGAUGACCCGUUUCCAUCUAAGGCAGUUCACUGACCUGGAACAAAUUAAUACUCCCCAUGAUUUAGAUCAAACCCUGGCUGAUUAUACUUAA